AUGCACAUAGCAGAGCUUGCGCUUUCCCUGCUCGUUGCGAUCAUUUUAGUGUCGCUGCUGUCCAACGUGGUGGUGCUGAUCUGUUUCCUGUACAAUGCAGAAAUUCGAAAGCAGGUUCCUGGGUUGUUUAUACUCAACUUGACCUUCUGCAACCUGCUUUUAUCCGCAUCCAGCAUGCCGCUGACUCUUUUCGGGGUGUUGAGUAAUGCGCAUCCAGGUGGACACGUUUUCUGUCAGAUGAUCGGAUUUUUGGACACUUUCCUGACCACCAACUCCAUGCUGAGUAUGGCUGCGCUCAGCAUUGACCGGUGGGUUGCUGUGGUGUUCCCUCUGAGUUAUCAUUCCAAAAUCCGUCACCGGGACGCCGUGAUCGCUCUGGCUUACACGUGGGUCCACUCGCUGUCAUUCUCCAUAGUGGCGACGUGGCUCUCCUGGGUGGGUUACCAUCACCUGUACGCUUCCUGCACGCUAUGUAACGGCAGAGCGGGCAACGCCAAGACGCAGUUCGCAAUUUACACGCUCGUACUGCAUUCGCUCACGUUCCUGUUGGUUUCAGUGGUGCUGUGCGUCACGUAUCUAAAAGUGCUCAGAGUGGCGCGCUUUCACUGCAAGCGCAUAGACGUGAUCACAAUGCAAACGCUCGUGCUGCUUGUGGACAUUCACCCGAGUGUUCGUCAGCGUUGUCUGGAGGCAAAAAGGAGGAGACAGAGAGCCACCCGUAAAAUUAGUACCUUCAUCGGAACCUUCUUCAUCUGUUUCACUCCUUAUGUCAUCACCAGGAUUGUGGAGCUGUUUGUUACAGAGUCAUUUAAUCCGUAUUGGGGUGUGCUCUGUAAGAGCCUGGCAUACAGCAAAGCUGCAUGUGACCCCUUUGUCUACUCGCUUCUGCGCAACCAAUACCGGAAAACCUGCAAUGACUUAAUCAAUCGGCUCAUGAAGCGCAGUUCCCUGAAUGCCUCUGGGCACCAGCAGGAAAAUGGAAAGAUUGGAAAGUCUGCAGAAAUCAGAAAAAUUCAAAGGGUCGAGGAAAUCAUAAAAGAUGGGGAAGUUGACACCAGGCCUACAGACUGAGGACUCCUGUUGCUAUAGAGAUGAUUAAUUACAAAGGUAGAGCUGUGACCUUGUAAAGACAGAGAACUAUG